UUGGGAAAAUCGCGGAUGAUUCGAACGAUUUGAACGCAUGGUACCUCAUUUGAGGUUAGGUGGAACAUUAUGUUUACGAUUGCUCCGGAAUAUUGUUAUUUCGACAUACGGUACUCGUUACGUGGAUAAUUGUGCAAAUUAUCGGGACAUAAAAGCUGUGAAAGCUGGUGAUCAGGGAUCCAGGAUAUUGGAAACGUGAUGGAACACUUUGCGCCGGUUGUUACUUCACCGAGGACAUCUCCUCAUCAGAAUCUGACAGGUGCCAAAAGAAUUGUCAAGGACUUGACAGCUACAAUACAUACUAGUAUUCAACAGUGGAAUAAUAUUCAUAUUCAUGGGGUUGAUGUUCUUAAAUCGAUCACUGCCAUGAAAUUCGAUGACUCUUUUCCCGAGGGACUUCAGGAAUUGUGUGAUACUUUGGAAAAAGAUGUCGAUCGAUUGGAUCAAGUGGUAUCGAAUUUGAAACUUUCAUUUCAACAAAUGACAUCAGCAGUGUCUCUCCAUAGAGGCCCAGAGAAAUUAUUCAAAACGUGGGGCAAUGAGAGAUUCGUGGAAAUAGCUCAAUUGAUCUACGAAGUGUACAAGAAGGAGGCGGAUUUGAAGCGAAAAAUCCUGGAAAAUGUUGCUCAUGAUUAUCAGGACUCCUGGAAAAUGCUGCACCUUGCUGCAUGGGUGCAUCAACCAAUGAUACCUCACGAUCUCAACGUGAGUCUCGAGUCAUUACUCAUCGAAACUGGACACAGAUAAAAAAAUUCCUCAUGAGAAAAAUAAAACAACAAUUUAAACAUUA